CACAAGCAUGAAAUCUUCAACCAUUUUAGCUCUCAUUUUGACUCUUCUUGCCAUCAUUUCUUGCUCACAAGCAUCAUCUUCUGCUCAUAAUUUCCUUCAAUGCCUGUCCAAAAAAUCCAUUUCCAACAACAUCUACACUCCAAUCAACUCUUCAUAUUCAUCCAUCUUACAAAUAACCAUCCAAAAUCCAAGAUUUGACACAAAUUCAACCUCAAAACCCUUCGCAAUCAUCACUCCUGAACACGAAUCACAGAUCCCGCCUAUAAUCCUCUGCGCUAAACACAGCGGCGUGCAGACCAGAACUCGAAGCGGCGGCCAUGACUUCGAGGGUCUAUCUUAUCAGUCCCAAGUCCCGUUCGCAGUCAUUGAUUUGAUCAAUUUCAGUGAAGUAACGGUUGACGUCGAGAGCAAGACCGCCUGGGUUGGAGUUGGCGCAACCGUCGGCUCAUUGUAUUAUGCAAUUGCCGCGGAAAGCCCAGUGCUGGGCUUUCCAGCUGGCAUUUGCCCUACCGUUGGCAUCGGUGGUCAUUUCAGCGGCGGAGGCUACGGCGCCAUGUUAAGAAAACAUGGCGUCGCAGCCGAUCACGUGGUUGACGCCAUAAUAGUCAAUGCUAGCGGCAGAAUCCUGGACAGGAAAUCAAUGGGCGAGGAUCUGUUCUGGGCGAUCAGAGGCGGCGGAGGCGCCAGUUUUGGCGUGAUUACUGCUUGGAAGGUACAACUGGUGGAUGUUCCAGAGACCGUCACUGUUUUCAAAGUGAGCAGAACGUUGGAACAGAACGCGACUCAGAUCAUUCACCGCUGGCAAUAUGUAGCUUCUGAAGUCGACAAAGAUUUGUUCAUCGGGAUCAUUUUGUCCACAGCAAACUCGACUCAAUCCAGCGAGAAGUUGACGAUCGAUGCUUCGUUUUACUCAUUGUUUCUUGGCAGGAUCGACAGAUUGCUACCGUUGAUGAAAGAGAAGUUGCCCGAGUUAGGGUUACUGAGAGAAGACUGCACGGAAAUGAGUUGGAUACAAGCAAUGGUGUUUAUAAGUGGUUUGUCUGUAGACACUCCGCUGGAAGUUUUGCUCAACCGAACCGAUCCUGCCACAAGAAGACCCUUCAAAGGGAAAUCGAAUUACGUGCAUCAACCUAUUCCGGAAUCCGGGCUUGAAGGCUUGUGGAGACAUUUCUUUGAAGAGGAAGGCGAGUCUGCGGAAUUCGAGAUGAAUCCCUAUGGUGGAAGAAUGGCGGAGAUCUUAGACUCCGCCAUUCCGUUUCCCCAUAGGGCUGGUAACUUGUAUAAUUUGCUGCAAGUGGUUUUCUGGAGAGAAGACGAGAACAGAGAUUCGGACAAGUAUAUAAAGUGGAGUCGGAGGGUUGACGAAUACUUGACUCCUUAUGUUUUGAGGAACCCGAGGGCAGCGUAUGUCAACUACAGAGAUCUUGACCUCGGAGUUAACAAUGUUUUUGGUGAGACAAGUUAUGAACAAGCCAGCGUUUGGGGUAAGAGAUAUUUCAAGAACAAUUUUGAUCGUCUUAUUUGGAUUAAGAAUGUGAUUGAUCCUGAGAAUUUCUUCAAGAACGAACAAAGCAUUCCGACGUUGCACUAUAUGUCACAAACAAAACAAACAUUUUGAUUUGUUAUGUGAUUGCUUUACUGCAUUUGGUGGUUGGAUUGAUGCUUAUAAAUUGUAAUAAUUAUUCUGUAUCAAUAAUGCUAUUUUUUAGUAGCUUUAAUCUUAUCUAAAAUAUGAGCUGGUGGACAGCGUUUGCUUA